CCGCAAGGGAUGGUUUGAAUAGGUGGAGAAUGGAACUGUAAAUAGGAUUCAAACGGGACAUGAGAUAUGUGAGAUUCUUAAGAAUUUCAAGAAUGAGUUUGGGAGACCGUUGCCUAAGGAAAAAAAACGAAAACGAAUUGAAGUGGGUGAAACGAGAUGGUUGCAGAGGAAGAAUAUGAAGAACAUUUUGAUCAAUGGCGUUGGAAGAAACGAUCAAUAUUGUUUGAGUUACCAUACUGGAAGGACAUGCCGGUACGUUACAACAUUGAUGUCAUGCAUGUGGAAAAGAACGUUUCUGAUGCUUUACUGUCUACUUUAAUGGGGAGUGCUAAAUCAAAAGAUGGCUUGAAAGAAAGAAAAGACUUGGAAGACAUGGGAAUUCGAAGUAACUUGCACACAGAGACACGAGGAAAGAGGAUAUACUUGCCUCCAGCGGCUUAUUGGCUCUCCAAAGAAGAAAAGAGCAUCUGCAAGCGGUUAUCUAAGUUCAGAGGCACGGAUGGCUACUGUGCCAAUAUCUCGAACUGUGUUUCUUUAAAUCCUCCUAGCAUUGGUAGUAUGAAGUCACACGAUCAUCAUGUACUAAUGCAUAAUCUUCUUCCUGUGGCAUUGAGAGGUUUGCUACCAAAGGGAACGAGGAAUGCUGUUACUCGUGUAUUCAACUUCUUCAACAAAUUGUGCCAGCGUUCUAUUGACCCAGAGAAGUUAAUAUACUUAGAGUCUGAGUUUGUAGAGACAAUGUGCGAAUUGGAGCGUUUCUUUCCUCCAUGCCUUUUUGAUAUCAUGUUCCACCUUCCCAUUCAUCUAGCUAGGGAGGCACGUUUGGGUGGACAUGUCCACUUUCGGUGGAUGUAUCCCUUUGAGAGGUACAUGAAGACACUUAAGGCAUAUGUUAAAAAUUAUGCAAGGCCAGAAGCGUGUAUGGCUGAAGGAUACUUGGCUGGUGAAUGCAUUGCCGUCUGCUUAGAGUUUCUUCAGAAUUCUGUACCAGUUGAAGAAACACUAAAGCGUAAUGAAGACGUUGAGCCUGAUGAGCUCAUACUUGAAGGACGUCCAUUGCGGAAGCCUAUAAAAGUAACACUUUCAGAGAAAGAAAGAGACAUAUCUCAUCGAUAUGUGUUGUUGAACACAUCAGUUAUGGAGCCAUAUCUUGCGUAAGUUCAUACUUGUUUCACCCUUACUGUCUACUUUAUUAUAAUACAUGUACUGUAAUUUAUGACUCAUGGAAAACAGUAUGCAUAUGGAAGAGUUGCAAUCUGAGGAUGUUCGAUGCGAAACAAAUGAAACUUUAUUGUGGAGAUAUCAUACCGAGAGGUUUGCACACUGGAUAAAGCAAAAGAUACCUACCAACUCAGAAGCUCAUUCAUCGAAGCUUAGGUGGUUGGCGUAUGGGCCAAGGGUUAUUGCUCAGUCUUACAAGGGAUAUGUCAUUAACGGACAUCGGUUUCACACAGAUGAUGUAAAGCUAAAGACUCAGAAC